CCGGCCCACCAUCUUUGUCCCUGGCAAAUUGGGUUUUGCGCAGUGGCUUAGAUCUAGAGAGAAUCGUGACGGGCAGGAAACCAUUACACCACCACCCCGGCUGUGCUCUCCGACUGCCGCCGCCGCCACCCCGCCCUUGCCUCCGGUUUACGCUAAAGAUCCAGAAUCAUGACUGACUCCAAGUACUUCACAACCAAUAAGAAGGGAGAAAUUUUUGAAUUAAAAGCUGAACUCAACAAUGAAAAGAAAGAAAAGAGGAAAGAGGCUGUGAAGAAAGUGAUUGCUGCUAUGACCGUGGGGAAGGACGUGAGCUCUCUCUUCCCAGAUGUGGUGAACUGCAUGCAAACUGACAACCUGGAACUAAAGAAGCUCGUGUACCUCUAUCUGAUGAACUAUGCCAAGAGUCAGCCAGACAUGGCCAUCAUGGCUGUCAACAGCUUUGUGAAGGAUUGUGAAGAUCCCAAUCCUUUGAUUCGAGCCUUGGCAGUUAGAACCAUGGGGUGCAUCCGGGUGGACAAGAUUACAGAGUAUCUCUGCGAACCCCUCCGCAAGUGCUUGAAGGAUGAAGACCCCUAUGUUCGGAAAACGGCAGCAGUAUGUGUGGCAAAACUCCAUGAUAUCAAUGCCCAGAUGGUGGAAGAUCAGGGAUUUCUGGAUUCUCUGCGGGAUCUCAUAGCAGAUUCAAACCCAAUGGUGGUGGCUAAUGCUGUAGCAGCAUUGUCUGAGAUCAGUGAGUCUCACCCAAACAGCAACUUACUUGAUCUGAACCCUCAGAAUAUCAAUAAGCUGCUCACAGCCCUGAAUGAGUGCACGGAAUGGGGCCAGAUUUUCAUCCUGGACUGCCUGUCGAAUUACAACCCUAAAGAUGACCGGGAAGCUCAGAGCAUCUGUGAGCGAGUAACGCCUCGGCUAUCCCAUGCCAACUCUGCAGUGGUGCUUUCAGCGGUAAAAGUCCUAAUGAAGUUUCUAGAAUUGUUGCCCAAGGACUCUGACUACUACAAUAUGCUGCUAAAGAAGUUAGCACCUCCUCUUGUCACUUUGCUGUCUGGGGAGCCAGAAGUGCAGUACGUCGCUCUGAGGAACAUCAACCUAAUUGUCCAGAAAAGGCCUGAAAUCUUGAAGCAGGAAAUCAAGGUCUUCUUUGUGAAGUACAAUGAUCCUAUCUAUGUUAAACUAGAGAAGUUAGACAUCAUGAUUCGUCUUGCAUCCCAAGCCAACAUUGCUCAGGUUCUGGCGGAGCUGAAGGAAUAUGCCACUGAAGUUGAUGUGGAUUUUGUUCGCAAAGCUGUGAGGGCCAUUGGACGGUGUGCCAUCAAAGUGGAGCAAUCAGCAGAACGCUGUGUAAGCACACUGCUUGAUCUAAUCCAGACCAAAGUAAAUUAUGUGGUCCAAGAGGCAAUUGUUGUCAUCAGGGACAUCUUCCGAAAAUACCCCAACAAGUAUGAAAGUAUUAUUGCCACGCUCUGUGAAAACUUGGACUCCCUGGAUGAACCUGAUGCCCGAGCAGCUAUGAUUUGGAUUGUAGGAGAAUAUGCUGAAAGAAUCGAUAACGCAGAUGAAUUACUAGAGAGCUUCCUGGAGGGUUUUCAUGAUGAAAGCACCCAGGUGCAGCUCACGCUGCUUACCGCCAUAGUGAAGCUGUUUCUCAAGAAGCCAUCAGAAACACAGGAGCUGGUCCAACAGGUCUUGAGCUUAGCCACACAGGACUCCGAUAACCCUGACCUUCGAGAUCGAGGUUAUAUAUAUUGGCGCCUUCUUUCAACUGACCCUGUGACAGCCAAAGAAGUGGUGUUGUCUGAGAAGCCAUUGAUCUCUGAGGAGACAGACCUCAUUGAGCCUACCCUCCUGGAUGAGCUCAUCUGCCACAUUGGUUCUUUGGCCUCUGUGUACCAUAAACCUCCAAAUGCUUUUGUGGAAGGGAGUCAUGGCAUUCAUCGCAAACACUUGCCAAUUCAUCAUGGGAGCACUGAUGCAGGUGAUAGCCCUGUUGGCACCACCACUGCAACCAACCUGGAACAGCCUCAGGUCAUCCCCUCUCAAGGUGACCUUCUGGGGGAUCUUUUGAAUCUUGACCUGGGUCCCCCAGUGAAUGUCCCGCAAGUGUCCUCCAUGCAGAUGGGAGCAGUGGAUCUUUUAGGAGGAGGCCUGGAUAGCCUGGUAGGACAGUCCUUCAUCCCGUCAUCAGUGCCUGCAACCUUCGCUCCUUCCCCUACUCCUGCUGUGGUCAGCAGUGGUCUGAAUGACCUGUUUGAGCUUUCCACUGGGAUAGGCAUGGCACCUGGCGGAUAUGUGGCUCCUAAGGCGGUCUGGCUACCUGCGGUAAAGGCUAAAGGCUUGGAGAUUUCGGGGACGUUUACUCACCGCCAAGGGCACAUCUAUAUGGAAAUGAACUUCACCAACAAAGCUCUGCAGCAUAUGACAGACUUUGCCAUCCAGUUUAACAAGAAUAGCUUUGGUGUUAUCCCAAGCACUCCCUUGGCCAUACAUACUCCACUGAUGCCAAACCAGAGCAUUGAUGUCUCUCUGCCUCUUAACACCUUGGGCCCAGUCAUGAAGAUGGAACCCCUGAAUAACUUGCAGGUGGCUGUUAAAAACAAUAUUGAUGUCUUCUACUUCAGCUGCCUCAUCCCACUCAAUGUGCUUUUUGUAGAAGAUGGCAAAAUGGAGCGCCAGGUCUUCCUUGCAACGUGGAAGGAUAUUCCCAAUGAAAAUGAACUCCAGUUUCAGAUUAAGGAAUGUCAUUUAAAUGCUGACACAGUUUCCAGCAAGUUGCAAAACAACAAUGUUUACACUAUUGCCAAGAGGAACGUGGAAGGGCAGGACAUGCUGUACCAGUCCCUGAAGCUCACUAAUGGCAUUUGGAUUUUGGCAGAGCUGCGGAUCCAGCCAGGAAACCCCAAUUAUACGCUGUCGCUGAAGUGUAGAGCCCCUGAAGUCUCUCAGUACAUCUAUCAGGUCUACGACAGCAUUUUGAAAAACUAAUAAAUGGGUCCAGUCAGCCUGUAAUCGGUGCAAGCCAAGAACUCUUAACUGGAAGACGUUGUACUGUUGUGUAGAGCCUGAACCCAAACCCCGCGCGGUACCCACCCCGGUAGUGGCCAUCUGUGCUGACAUUAGCAUUCACCCUGUUGGAUAGGUUAGCUUCCCGUGACAUCUCCUUCCACCAUUCCCCACUUCUGCCACCUGCUGCUCUUCUCUGUCCUUAGUUGUGAGCUUCUCCAUGCUGUGCCAAUGGCUAGCCUUUUCUACACCCUCUUUUGAGUGUAGUUUGAUAUUUUGUAAUCAAAAGCUCAUUUCACAAGCAGAAAAAGGCGACAAAUUAAUUAAAGCAAGGAAAAGUGUCACUGAAACAUAAACUGCACUUUAUUGUUUUAUAUUUUUGUACAGACGAGAAGUUGAGGUAGAACACUGAGUAGAAAGGGCAACUGACCCUCAUCAAAAACAAUAUUAGCAGAGAUCCACUGAUGGCCCUGGCCCCUGCCGGGGUGGGGAGGGAGGCAGUCCCGCUCCUGGCCUUUUGCAUUUUCAUUCUGCCCCUCUGCCCAGUCUUUCCUUGGCUAAGCCUUCUAGCUCCCUUAUGCCCAUGCUAUCUGGUUUGACGAUUUCAUAUAUAGCAGUGGUGGUCUUCAUUGAUGGUUGCAAGUGCAGGGACACUGGACAUGUGGGCUCAGCGCUGAGAGGUGGCAGAGCUGUGCUCCUGCCCACGGUGCUAGCCCAGGAAUCCUGGGGAGGCUGAGUAGACAUGAGUAAGAACAGUGCGCCCUCCCCGCCCCCGGCCUCCUUCCCUGUGUUUCUCAGAGCUCAUUCAGAGUUAAAAUCAGAGUCUCAGAGUUAAAACAGGGCUUUAACGACUUAUCCAACCCUGUUUUUCUAAAAAGAAAGGUAACAGGCAAAAAGGGCCUUUUGGCUCUUGGGCAGCAGGCUGAGACUGGUUCCCUGACCUCCAUCAGCUUCCCUGUGUGGCUGGCUCAUUAUUCUUUCCCUCAAAGCCUUCUGCCUUUCCUGUGCCUGCCUGUGACUCUCUGCACACUCCGUACUGAGUUUGGUGCUCCACCCGUUCACUGGGGUCAGGUGGCAGUUGACAUCUUGGUUAUGAGUGUGCAUCCAGGUAACAAGAGUGAAAGCAGAGCUGACAUUUGCCAGACUUUCCUGGAGGCGGCCAGUGAGUGUAGACGCGUGUGAAGAUGUCGCCAGUUCUUACUGUCCAUCAGCUCGCUGAGCUGCCCUUCAUCCAUGGUCCUUGAGCUCCAGAGCAGAGGGAGAUCCUUUCAGCAGGCCCUGUAGUUGUCAUCUCACAAAGGCUGGGGAUGGGAACACAUUGGUAUGAGUCAUCAGAAACCCCGUACUCACGGCCCUCCCUGCUCAGGGCUGUUCACUCUGCUUGAGAAGUGGCACUUGUUGCACAGCCUGGCACCUGGUAUCCAGGGUCUAUUCAGAGUCCUCUGCUCAAGCCAGAAGCAUGCCAGGGUCCAAAGACCUCAUGCAGGACUCAGACCUGACCCACUGGAUCCCGAGGAGAGACUUAAAAAGUGAAAGUAGAAACCAGCAACAUUUACAAGUGUGUCUGGAGUGAUCCUGCUUCCUCCCAGCUGCAAAGCUUCUCUCAAAUUCCUUAAUCCUUGAGAAUCUUUAAGAGGCUUGCUGGCUGGUGAAAAAGAAAUACAUCCCUCCCUCCGUCACCAUGUGGGGAGUAGGAAAUCCUGCAGGGUUGUGUGGGAGGCAGGUAGGUUGGUGGUAUGUUGGGUGGAAAAACAAGUUGACCAAGUUCCCUUGUGGACACUGAUUCCUGGAGUCAGUUGGUUAUGUGUAAGGGAUUCCCACUACAAAUGCAGUGUUCCCAUCUCAAAGUAAACUGUAGUUCCCAAAAGAAGAUGUGUCAGGGCAAGCAGAAAGAAAAGUUUAUACCAGAAUGUGUCCAGCCCAGAAACUGAAGCCUCUCUCAGCCUCACCAGUGACAGACCAGCUGCGGUUCUCUGCUGGCCUCAGCUGAUCCAUGCUGGCUGACUCCGGUGAAGUUAGGAAGAUGCAAGGACCUCUCCUCAAGAGACUCUGUUGCGUGCCCGAAGCUUCCCUUCAGGCUCAUGUCGAGCUUGACCAGAUCGGGAGAACCGGGCUUAGUUUACCCUGUAUCCGCUCUCCUUAGCGGAAAUGUGUCUGUCUGAAGCUAAAGUACAGAGCAGGGAAGCGGACACACCAGAGCUCUUGCUGGUCAGCUCCCCCAGGGGUUUGUCCCCAGCCAAGCCUGGUCCCUACUAUGAAGCUUGGGAUGCUGGAGCCAGAUGCUGUCCCAAGGAUGCUUACUUUCCUGUUCUUGUUGGGAUCUGUUGUUGGGGAGGGUGGGGUUUGG